UUUACUUGACUUCCAACAUGGAGGACACUUGUAUCCGGCAGGAGAAUGUGCUGUACAAGUCCCUGUAGUGGAAAUAAUGACGAGCUGCGAUUGCAGCACUUCUAUUCAAAGGGAGAGUGGACCACCUUCUCUUCCUUUUCUGUCACUGCAACAAAUCAAUACAACACAAUUCCUCUUCAAGAAGUAGACGCGCAAGUGUCGCCAUGUCGGAAGUCAAGUAAAAGAUUGCAAACUUCUUCCGCUCUAGUUUAGUACCGUGGUAGACGUCGUAGCGGCUCUUUUCCGCGCGUCUCGUUCGAGCGGAAAGUAUAACCCAUAGCUUCCCGUUAUCUUCGCUGACUCUGCACCGCCCAUGGCGACAAACUAGUCACUGACCGAUUACGUCACUUUUAGACGACAACUGAUUGGUUGUUGGGCGCGGCUUUAGAGGCUGUGAUCUCUUAUUGGUCAGUGGGCGGUACUGUUAUUGGCUAGAUCUGGUAUCUGCAAACCUAACCUGUUUGGUAGCCGGUUAGCGCUAGCUGGAAAUGACCGUGGCGACGUAUCUGCUGAGAAGGGAGCUUCGUAGGACGGCAUAUUCGGAUUUAAACCGCAAACUUAUUCAGGAUAAGGAGAAAUUCUGCUUCGUAGUACAUGUCCCGGAAGUGUGGCGCCGAUGGCCUACUCAUCAAAAUAUUGUUGUUUUGACGAAUGACGUCCCUAUGGAGAAUUGGCGAAUGUUGACGUCAGACACCACUUCCUAUUAACAAACACGUUUGCUGUUAGCUUAGCUAGCAUGGCGUCCUCAGCGGGACCCCGCACUGCUGGCUCGGCGGGAAGGCCACCGCCUCGGCCGCCUCUUCCCGCCGGUGUCAUGGUGGAGUCUGUGGACGACGCGGAGGGUCUGUACGUGGCGGUGGAACGGUGCCCGCUGUGCAGCACGUCUCGCCGCAGACUGACGUGUGCCCGCUGCGUCCAGGCCGGAGACUUCGCCUACCUGGACGCCAGGAACACGGAAAGGUACGCAGACAAGAUGGCGAGGCUGAAGACUCUGAAAGAGGAGGAGCAGCGGCUGCAGCAGAGCGUGGUCCGUGCCAUGCACAGGAAGCUAGAGAGCGAUGAGACGAAGUGGAAAAUGAUGGCGUGCACCAUAAAGAUGGAGCAGCUCAAGGAGGCACUGGUGUGCGCUCACGAGGAAGUGAAGAGCGACAAAGAGCUGCUGCUGCGCUCCCAGGAUGAGUGCCAGCGGCUGCAGCGGCGUGCCGGGCGCCAUCAACUCAAGCAGGACAAGAUUGAGCGCCACAACCGCCGACUGGGCGAGCUUCUGGAGCGACGCAAGCACGAGCUGCACGAGCGACUGAGUCAGUUGGCGGCUCUGCGGCGAGAUCACAUUGUGGAGCUGAGUGCGCACAUCUUCCCCACACGAGAGGAGAAGGCGUGCAGCAGAGAUCCCGCUGACGUGGCGGCCGAGUGCGACACCGCGUUGACAUCCAGCACAGUCAGUGAGUUGGCCGAGGCACGCAGGACCACCUACCUGUCAGGUCGUUGGAUCUGGGACGACCAGAACGGUGAGACCAGCAUCAGCAUCACAAGUCCUGCCGUCACGCUUCCUAGCAACGGAGAUUGCUCCGCCUAUUAUAGCUGGGUGGAGGAGAAGAGCACCAAUCAGGAGCCAGGUAGCUUGAUGUACCCCACCUGUUCUGUCAGUCCUGUCAGUACCUGUCAGUCUUGUCCAUCACAAAUGCAUCAUUUCUUGCCGUCAGAACUGGACCACAUCAACCCCGCCCACACCAUCAGCGCUGCGUUGUGCUACGCCACCCAGCUGAUCACCAUUUUGUCGCACAUCCUGGACGUCAACUUGCCCAAGAAGCUGUGCAACAGCGAAUUCUGUGGUGACAACCUGAGCCGGUACCGCUUCACUCGGGCCCUGAACAAACUCAACACCAACUUGCUGCAUCUCUGCUUCUCUCAGCAUGUGGACAGCGACAAACUCCACCCCCACCACACCCUCCGGAACAUCAUGUUCCUCGUUUCCCCCAGCAACGCUAACCUGGGCAGGACAGGUCCAUUCGAGGUGAGUGCCGACCUGGAGGAGUCCAUGGAGUUUGUGGAGCCGGAAGCGUCCGGGCCGAUGGAGGAGAGUGGAGACGAAGCCGUGACGGACGAGGAGACAGAUCUCGGGACAGACUGGGAGACGGUUCCGAGUCCACGCUUCUGCGAUAUCCCGUCACAGCCAAUGGAGCUUUCUCAGAGCACGCUGCAGGUGUCGCAGCCAUCUGUCAACACAGGAGGAAUGAUCUCGUCUGCGGCCGCCUCCGUCACGUCCUGGUUUCGAGCGUAUACGGGCCAGCGCUGACCAGGGUUGAACUUUGGGACUACCGGUUGUGAUUCCUCAGAACCUAGAAGUCAGAUCAAGACUGACACUUUGGGAAGAACAGAGGUUAGAGGUCACUUUGGAUCUGUGAGGAUGACUCCUUUGACAUCGUCAUGACGAACGCUUCCUGCUUUUGUCUUCUUCUAGGGUGUGUGAGUGUGAGUGAGUGUGCGCGAUAGAGAGAGACAUACACACACGCUGGUUACCCUGGUAACAGGGACAUUGUUUCCAAGCGCCGUCUUUAAUUGGCACGAAAGUUGUCCCAAUCAACAAUGAUACUGACAAGCCUCCUAUAGGGGCAUAGCUUGGAAGGUUUUGCGUUGCCAUGGAAUGUUCUGUAAAAUAAAUGUUUUUACUUCAAAGUUAAAUAGAACUCUAUAGUGGUGUACUUUACUAAUGGUGCUGUAGUAUUACAGUAAAGCUUAGAUGUUUGCUUAUACAGUGGAACCUUUCUUAGCGUAAGCCCGUACCUGUUAGGUUUAUGAAAAAGAUUUUGCCUCUGUUUGCAUACAUUUUCCGGCUAGCGUACAAUAUGGCUACAUUCGCACUGUGGUGUAUCAUGACCAACUGGGAUAUUUUGUUGAAAUUCGAUUUUUUUAUGUGAUCGUUCACAUUAACAAAAAAAUGCCACUUGUUAAUGUGAACGGGAAGUGACGCACAUGUGCAAAAGCCCACUUCUAACGAUUCUGCCGUGUGUUUACGGAAGUAAAUAUUGCCUCAAUUUGUGCUCUCCCAGGUAUGUUUGUGGCAAUUUCAAGGAUUUUGUGCAACGGGAGUCAACAUUUUCUCAACCAGAUGACUUUUGGCUAUGGCAGUGUGUGGAGAACCUGCUGCUAUGUCUGUUUGGAGGAACGUUUAGGUGGAUGUUGGAGCCAGGAGUGGUGGGACAUUGACGUGAGCUGCUUCACUGACACUUUAAAAAAAAAAAAAAAAAAAAAUCAGAUGACAAGACUAAAUUUUGCCUACAUCGGUGAGUACCUUUUAUCCAAGUCUCGCAAGGCAACAAUUUGAAACAACUGGAAUUGUACUGUUAAUUCUGACAUGAAAAAAAAAAUCGGAUACAGGUCCCUUAUGAACAAAAAAAUGGGAACUGACCUGCAGUGUGACUGUAGCCAUAUGGCUCGCAUCUUGUCGUGUCAAUUGUGCUUCUCACCUUCUAUAUGAAAUGUUGGCCCUUGCAACUUUCUUUGGCUCCCUUGGGCGUUGUUUUGCAGCCAUGACCGAAAGAAAAGCAGAAACUUAAGGUGAGAAACACUAUUCAGUUCAAGAAAUAACAGCAAAAUAGCAAAACACGAAGGUGGUGUCCGUGUUGAUGUCGCUGCCAUAUCACUGUCUUACGUCUUUAUUUGAGGUAAUAGUAACCUUAAAUGUUCAUUUAUCCCUUUUAAUUAAGGUUUAAGGUUAAUUGGAUUCACAUGAUUUCUUAUGGGGGAAAAUGUAUUCACUUAGAUUAUGUUUCAGUUUGAGUCGGACCUUCUGGAAUGGAUUCGUGACGCUAACCAAGGUUCCACUGAAUUAAUCCGUUAAUCUUUUUGAAUUUAUGCAUCAUAUUUAAUCAAUGAUGCAUCAUUAUACACAUCUUAAGAACAGUUGAAAAAUUGCUAGAAUUUGCAUUUUGCACAUUUGGAUCUUAAUGAGGUUUUAAGUAGAGCUACAAUAUGCAAAAGCAAGAAGGGGGAGUGAGAUAAAAAAAACAUUUGGAACUUGUAAUUUAAACAAAAAAAAAGAAAAGUUGUUUAUCACCUGAUCAAAAGUUUAAGACCACAAGCUAAAAAAAAAAAAAUAUAUGUUUAGGCAUUCACACCAGGGGUGUCAAAC